ACCGAAAUUUUAUGCGAGAAAAAAGAAAGCUGGUUGCUUUGAGUUGCAGUCAACUCUCACUCAGGCCCCCUGACCUUGCCUUAAUUCCCAAACAGAAACCCCCCCCCCGAAAAAAAAAAAGAGAAAACUAGGAAUGUGGUAGAGAAAGCUUGUAAGAAUAUAAUAUAUACUCCCUUUUUUUUUGGUUCAAUAUUCCAAGUUGUUUGAAAAAAAAGCUUUGUCCGGCAAAAAUACCGUUUCUCAAGAAUCUAACCGACCAUCUUCCUUCCUUCACAUUGUUCAGCCUUUUCACGGAUUUUUAGGGUUUUUUUUUUUUUUACUGUAAAAAUCUUCAACCAUGUCGCAGACUAACUGGGAAGCUGAUAAAAUGUUGGAUGUGUAUAUAUAUGAUUAUAUGAUAAAGAGAAAGAUGCAUGCCACUGCGAAGGCACUUCAAGCUGAAGGGAAAGUAUCAACUGAUCCAGUAGCUAUUGAUGUACCUGGUGGUUUUUUGUUUGAGUGGUGGUCUGUAUUUUGGGAUAUAUUCAUUGCAAGGACAAAUGAGAAGCAUUCGGAAGCUGCUGCAUCUUAUAUUGAGAGUCAAAUGGUCAAGGCUCGUGAGCUGCAGCAACCGCAACAUCACCAGAAGCCUCAGCAGAUGCAGAUGCAGCAGCUCUUAUUGCAGAGGCAUGCUCAGCAGCAGCAGCAGCAACAACAACAACAACAGCAGCAGCAGCAACAGCAACAGCAACAGCAGCAGCAGCAGCGAAGAGAAGGGAGUCAGUUACUAAAUGGUGCUGCCAAUGGGCUCGUUGGUGGAGAACCUCUCAUCAAAGAGAGCCCUGUAAGUGCAAUCGCUGCCACAAGAAAGAUGUAUGAUGAGACUUUUAGGUUUCCACGCCAGAGGAGGGAUUCCUUGGAUGAUGCAGCUGUGAAGCAAUUAGGUGAUAAUGUGAGCCAGCUUCUAGAUCCUAAUCAAGCGUCAAUGUUGAAGGCAGCUUCAGUGGGUGGCCAGCCUCCAGGGCAAACACUGCAUGGCACACCUGGAAAUAUAUCAGGUAAUCUUCAGCAAAUGCAAAAUCGAGGUCAGCAGAUUCCAGUGCCCACCCAGGACUCAAAGAGUGAGAUCAAUUCAAUGUUGACUCCAAGAGCUGCUGGUCCAGAUGGAUCAUUAAUUGGAGUUCACGGACCGAAUCAAGCUGGUGGCAAUUUGACAUUGAAAGGAUGGCCUUUAACGGGACUGGACCAACUUCGAUCUGGGCUUCUCCAGCAGCAGAAAUCUAUGAUUCAGUCCUCUCAGCCCUUCAAUCAGCUUCAGUUACAGCAACAACUUCUGCUUCAAGCACAGCAAAACUUGUCAUCCCCAUCAGCAAAUGAUUUGGAAUGCCGGAAAUUGCGAAUGCUUCUCAACAAUCAGAUUAUGGGUCUUGGGAAGGAUGGCCCACUAAAUUCUUUUGGUGAUAUGGUUCCCAGAGUUGGAUCACCCAUGCAAGUUGGUUGUCCUGUGCCUCGUGGAGACUCUGAUCUGUCAAAUAAGUUACAGCAGCAACAACUGCACCACAAUAAUCAACCGUCACAACAAUUUGCACAGCAUCCACUUUCAAGUCAGCAGUCUCAGAAUUCAAAUUACCAGCUCCAGCAGCAAGAUAAGAUGACCGGUGCCUGCAGUAUGAUGCCUGAUAGUAGCAUAUCAAACACCUUUCAGGGAAAUGAUCAGGCUUCAAAAAGUCAAGUCAGCCGGAAGAGGAAGCCACCAGGGUCAUCUUCAGGUCCUGUCAAUAGCUCCGGAACUGCAAACACCACUGGACCAUCUCCAAGUUCACCUUCAUCACCAUCUACUCACACACCAGGAGAUGCCAUCUCAAUGCCCACUUUGCCACAUAAUAGUGGUUCCUCCAAGUCUUUGCUUAUGUUUGGCUCUGAUGGUUUGGCUGAUAUAGACCGAUUUGUGGAUGAUGGAUCUCUAGAUGAUAAUGUAGAGUCAUUCUUAUCUCAUGAUGAUCCAGAGCCUAGAGAUAGAGUUGGUCGGUGUGCUGAUGUCAGCAAAGGCUUAACAUUUACAGAAGUCCGGCGUAUCCCUGCUAGUACAAGUAAAGUAGAAUGUUGUCACUUCUCAGCAGAUGGGAAAUUGCUUGCUACUGGUGGCCAUGAUAAAAAGGCUGUGCUGUGGUGCACAGAGUCUUUUGCAAUAAAGUCAACACUUGAAGAACAUUCUCAAUGGAUAACUGAUGUCCGCUUCAGUCCAAGCAUGUCAAGACUUGCUACAUCUUCAGCUGACAAAACUGUCAGGAUCUGGGAUGCUGAUAAUCCUGGAUAUUCACUUCGUACUUUUGUGGGACAUUCUUCAACUGUUACAUCACUUGACUUCCACCCCACCAAAGAGGACCUUAUAUGCUCAUGUGAUAAUAAUAGUGAGAUUCGAUAUUGGAGUAUCAAGAAUGGUAGUGCUGGAGUUUUCAAGGGUGGUGCAACCCAGAUGAGAUUUCAACCUCGUGUUGGAAGGUUUCUUGCAGCUGCAGCAGAUAAUUCUGUAUCCUUACUUGACGUAGAGAACCAAGUUUGCAGGGCCAAAUUACAGGGUCAUAAAAAUGCUGUUCAUUCUGUGUGUUGGGAUCCUACUGGUGAGUUUCUGGCAUCUGUAAGUGAUGACUUGGUGAGAGUGUGGACAGUUGGUUCCGGUGGCAAAGGGGAAUGUGUUCAUGAAUUGAACUGUACUGGCAACAAAUUUAACACCUGUGUUUUUCAUCCUACUUAUCCUUCUCUGUUGGUCAUUGGCUGUUAUGAGACACUGGAGCUUUGGAACAUGACUGAGAACAAGACAUUGACACUACAUGCACAUGAGAAGCUAGUCUCUGCCUUGGCAGUAUCGAAUGCCACUAGUAUGGUAGCCUCGGCUAGUCAUGACAAGUGUGUGAAGCUGUGGAAGUGAUCGACUUUCUGGUUUUGUUGACUUUACUGUCAAACGGUAUAGGUUUUUCACUAUAUGUAGAUCCAUUAUGACAAGGUUUUUCUGACAGUUCUUUUGUACUGGUUCAUGUGAAUAUUUUAAAGCAGGAAAAGGGGUUUUAGAUUUUGUCCACCAA